CUUAGGGCACCAUCUUUUAAACAAGGCUUCACUCGGCCUUGACAAGAAUUGGAGGGUUGCUGAACAGUGUCCGGCGGGUCCUGCUGAGAAAUAUUACACUGUUUCUACUUUCUGCGCGAAAGCUUGUCGUGGUCGGUCAGCCAGCUUUGUGACUCCUUCUGCCGUUGUGGACCGAGGUGUUGUUCCUCGCGUUGUUCGAACAAAGGUUCCGGCAGCUGACCAGGCUACAUCCUCAGCCCAAGACGAAAUGACUACUGGCAGGUUUGCUUCUCUUCCUACCGGUCGGGGGGGACAUGCUACUCGGAAGAGGUCUUCCAGCCAGGCGAAGACCAGUUCUCCCAAACGGUCAAAAAAUGACGCUGCGAAGACAGCGCAGGAGAAGGUGAAAGACGUCUACGCCAGCGUCGACAAGCCCUUGCAGACAUCUGGCGCUGGAAAGAAGAUUGCUGAACAGCCUGCUCAGUCGGUUGAGAUUUUGGAUGCUGACCUUUUGUCCAAAUUGAACCGGAAGCAGGUGUUGAGCGAUUUGAUUAGCGAUCCGAUCCAUCCUGUGCCUGUGUCGAGGCAUAGCCCUUCCAUGAACCGGUCUGCCAGCUCGGCCUCUAAGUAUGGGGUUAUAGUUCGUUCUGGGGGGUUCAUCGAGGACAAAACUGUUGUGCUAUCUCCGGAUAUUCUUGCCGGUCUAGCCGCUGCUCCCGGUCAUGCUGAAGAGCACUGGCAGCCCCAGAAUGAUGUUCUGAGGGGUGAGUCUAUCCUUUUUGACCGUCCUAAAGACGGAGGUACACUGGGCUACCGGUCUCUGCGCCAAGUUGUUACACCCGCCGACGGUAUGCCCCAGGAGAUUGAGACGCCGGCUGCACAGUUGAUGCAUGACCUGUACUCGGUGACGCAAUCUGCUACCGAGCUUGUGGAGUGCUAUCGGAGCUAUCAGCGUCGUUUAAAACGAUCGCAAGCUGAGAAAGAGAAGCUUCAGACGGACCUUGCUGAAUCGGUCAGGACUGAAGGUGACUGCCGGAAGGAGAUUGCGAGACUUGAGCUGGAUGUUAUUGCCGCAGGCAAUAGGAAGGCUGAACUAGAGCUUCUUCCAGCCAAGUUGACGGCCGAAGAGCAGAAGACGGCUGAGCUGCAGAUCAAGCUGGAUGCGGCGCUGCAGGCGGCCCAAGAUGCUGAGAAAGCUGCUAAGGAUGAUCGCAAGGCUGUGGCGCUGAAGGCUGUGCAGAAAUUUAUGAAGUCUGACUUCUACUGCGAGGAGAUGAAGGGGCGCUACAAUGGUGGGUGGACUGCAGCUCAUCGUUGUGCCGUCAAAGCCUUGACGCUGACUGAGGAUGCCUGGGGUAAGGUGGAGGGAUCCUAUGAAGAGGGUGGCCAUAUUGAUCCGACUGGCAUGGAGACCCAGACCUUCCCAGACAUCGUCAUUCAGAAUGCUGACCCUCGCCUUCUGCCCGACAGGGAGAUUCCCGAGUCUGCUUACUGGAGUGAUGCAGACUACUCAGCUUGACGGUCUUGGCAGUCAUCACCAGGCUCUUCCUGUGGUUCUUCCAACAGUUUUUUCCGGCCUCAUACUUGUUAAUGUCUGUUGGUAGCUUUUGAAUAUCAUUUAGCGGAUGUAACUUAUAAACAAUUUCCUUUUUUGGUACCUUUUAGCUGUUUGUGGCACUUUGUCUUUUGCCGUGUGUUAACUGUUUCAAGAACGUUAUUGUCGUCUUGGCUGCGCCGUCUGAGGCGUAUGUUUGUGCCUUUUAGCAGCUACUCACUCCGCAUUUAGUUAUU